UGCAGAAACAUCAGGCUACCAAACUCUCGCGGUGUUUCGCUCUGAGAUCCCGCUCCAUCUCCCACGGAAAAAACAGCGGCUCUCAUCACACGGAGCGCCGACUGGGCAGGCUCAGCUAACGCGACUAGAGGAGCCGGAAGGGAAAAGAGAGGUCGUUGACGGGCCGGCUCCAGUCCUGCCGUCAUGUUUGGCCCGAUCCGACCCCAGACUCCUCAGAAGCCGCUGCAUCUCUAACCGCACCCGCAUGGGGCUUCUGGUUUGUUUUUAGCCCCGCAGCAAAACCGAGUCUCCACGUCCCCCCGGUGCAUGCAUGAGAAAACACGCAGGUGUCUGUUAUAAUCUGCUGCCAUGGCAACGCCGUGCAGACGCCCUGCAAAAUCAUAAGUCUGUUGCUAUGGUGACUCUGUAGCAAGCAGCUGUCACUAUGGGAACAUCCAGGAUGUUCCGCAUUUUUGUGGUUCUGGGCUCGGCUUUCAUGAUCCUCCUCAUCAUCAUCUACUGGGACGACGUGGGAGCUGCUCACCUCUACCUGCACACCCCAGUAUCCCCGGGCCCCAAGGUCCCCCACCCGCCGCCCCAGCCGAGGCCCCACACCACCCGGACCCCGUCCUUCCUGUCCGACAUCGACGCCUUCGUCAACCAGUUCCUGGAGCCGGGAACCGGGGAGCCCACGGACACGGUGCCGGUGGACUCCAGCAACCAGUCGGAGAAGUCAGAGGAGCGCUACGUCCCCCGGAGGGAGUGGAAGAUUCACUUGACGCCAGUUGCCGCGGAGCUGCGGGAGAGGCAGGAAAAGAGGCGACGGUUACUCCAGGAGGUCUGCGCCAACGACAGCGUUUCGUUUCCGGGCAAAAACCGUUCGUUUGAUGACAUUCCUAACAAAGAGCUGGAUCAUCUCAUUGUGGAUGACAGACACGGCAUUAUCUACUGCUAUGUUCCCAAGGUAGCGUGCAGCAACUGGAAGCGCAUCAUGAUCGUCCUGAGCGAGAGCCUGCAGCAGGACGGCGCUCCUCAGAGAGACCCUCUGGCCAUCCCCAGGGACCUGGUCCACAACAGCAGCAUGCACUUUACCUUCAACAAGUUCUGGAAGCGCUACGGCAAGUUCGCAAAGCACCUCAUGAAGGUGAAGCUGAAGAAGUACACCAAGUUCCUGUUUGUGCGGGACCCGUUUGUGCGUCUCAUCUCUGCCUACAGGAACAAAUUUGAGAUGCGCAACGAGGACUUCUACCGGCGCUUUGCACAAGUCAUGCUGCGCCGCUACGCCAACCAGCCCACGCCUCCGGCCUCCGUGGACGAGGCCUUCGCUCUGGGCGCCCGCCCGUCCUUCUCCCACUUCACCCAGUACCUCCUGGACCCGCAGACCGAGAAGGACAUGCCCUUCAACGAGCACUGGCGGCAGGUGUACCGCCUCUGCCACCCGUGCCAGAUCCAGUACGACUUCGUGGGCCACCUGGAAACGGCGGAGGAGGACGCCGAGCACCUGCUGCGCCUGCUGCGGGUGGACAACGUGGUGGAGUUCCCCACCUCGCAGAGGAAUCUGACGGCGAGCAGCUGGGAGACGGACUGGUUUGGUCCGGUGCCUGUGGAGGCACGCCGGCAGCUCUACAAGCUCUAUGAGCCCGACUUCCGGCUUUUUGGUUACGACAGGCCAGAGUCCAUCCUCAACGAGUGAUUCGCGCAAACGCCCGGGCGAAAUUUAGUUUUUAAAAUCACAGGAGCGGGCGCCACAGCCCCAACGGCCAGCGAGAGGCGCCGUGUCUUUGCUGGACUGAAUGUGCACAUGAUUAGAAACACUCAUGGCCUCAUUAAGUCACAGAAGAAGCAUGCAGUUACAUUCAGCUGUGUGUCCCUCUGCCCUCUUUAGGGACUUUAACCUCCAUGUUUUUAUGUGAUACCAUCUGUGCCCACUUUUGUGACUAAAUUCACACACUUUGGUAGCACUCUGUUUAAAAAACAAAACGAUGCACAGAGACCGUUUUGGUUGUGAUUGCACGGAAUUAGAUUAUUUUUUUGUGUUGCUGGAUUAUCUUAAAUUAUCACUGCACUAUCAGUAGUUAUCUGGUUUAUUUCACAUUGUUUAAAGUGCAAUGUUUUUAAGCAUGAAAGGGAUUUUAUGUUGAAGUAAGUUUAUUUUUUACCUCGUAUCCACACUUUAAGAGUAUGUUUUCGUGCAUUGAAACCGAGCUGAUUAACUUAUAUCGGUUAUACAAGGUUCUGCGUGCAAAAUACGUGCUAUAAACUCAGUACAGCUGCUGGCGUCUGGCUAGUUUUGAAGCCGGUUGCCACGAUGUAGCCUCAGCAUAAGGAAGCACAGCAGCAGGCAGCUGGUGACCUGGGUUUGUCUCGGCUUGUCUCAGACAUAUUCUUACGGUUACUGAUGCACAGAUGUGCCUCUGCUUGUUUUUCAAAAAUCUUUUUCAAAGGGAAAUCUCUCAUUUGUGUCUUUGCUUUUUGUUUUCUUUUCAGACAGGUCUGGGUUAACUCACGCCGUCAUGAUUUCACGACCUUAAAACAAAUAUUCAUAACAAUUGCUUGUAAGUUUACUUCCCUUGGUAAAAUUAGUAUUUCAUAGAAUCAUGUAGAUUAAACUUACUUUACAAAAAUGAGUCUGAGGACGCUCUAAGCUUUAUUAGAGCCACUUAAACACAGCAGAUCAUGACUACGACGUAGUAACUUAUAGAGGAUUAUACAAAAGUACAUGUGAAAGUGGGUACAAAAUGAGAAAAGUGCAGUUAAGAGACUUAAGGUAUGAAAACCUUGAGUAAAAAUAUCAGUAUUAUGUUACUAACACAAAAGGAAAACAAAAACUAAUCACAGGUUCUCUUUGAUUUCACAGAAAAUAGCAUAUUUAUUAUUACACUUUCAAUUAUGCUGCCUAUAAUGUAGGUGAAAAAGUAGCAGAAAUCUACACAGAAAUCCAACCACUGAAUUUAGCUGUGCUCAUUGCUCACACCUUCCCUUUCUAGCGUUCAGUGAGUCGUCUUAAAGCAGCACUACCUUUAGUUUCACACCAGGUCUACAUGUAUUUUCCCAGCCGAAGCGAGGGAGAAGUGUGGUGGCCGUGUUUCAGCCUCCUGACCGGCAGGAGCAGCGAUGCGUUGCUCUUGAAGCCAAACUGUGGAAGAAAACCUUCACGGUUUUAAGGCCGUAACUUUGUAAACCUUGUUAUACCUCCACACCGAUAAGAGUUUAUGUUAAAGCAAAUAAAAUGACAGAUUAUCUUUUUCACAUUGUUAAUCUCCACUUUUUCUUUAAAAAAAUACAACAUGAUCUACUUUUAUUUCAAAUACAUGUGUUUAGUAACGAUUAACGAGGAAGAUGGAGGGCUGCCUUUAGUUUCCGUCUUUUUGUAAUCAAUGGGAAGGUGUAGCAUUCUUUCAGCCAGCUGACUAGCAGUGUGCAGCAGCAUGUGGGGGAGGGGGAGUGGAGCAUUACUUUAUGCUUCAAAUACUUUAUCUGAGAAGGACUUUCAAGACGUAGAAACGGUCUGAUGGUUUUAAGAUUGUAACUUUUUAGAAGCUUCAUAUUGGUAGCAAACCAAACAUAAACAUUACGGUAAGGAAAAACGAAAACAACAAAAAUGGAGAACAAGCGAGAACCCGUUACUGAUGCUGAGCUCUGCUGCAGACGGCAACUACAUGCUGUCAUUUACCCCUAAACAUGAUAUCCACAGGUUGCUUCUGCGUUUAUUAUGCGGCGCAUUGCAUUGUUUUUGUAGCAUUACUUUGAGCUCUGAUGAACUCCUGCACAGCUGGAAGCUGGUUCAACAUGAUCAGUGUUUAGUUAAAAGGAAAUAUGUGAGGCUGGAGUUAUGGUCUUGAUGAAUCGAUGGGUUUAGGUGAUGAAAGUGAGGAAAAGACAGUGCCUUUGGUUGCUAAAAGUUUACGCAGCUUAAAAAAAAAAGAAAGUAUUUUUAUAGGACUUGAUUUUUACUAAGAUCACAGACUCACAAAAAGGAAUAUUUGAUAUACUGAGUGUUGACUUCAACUGCAUUUAGGGACCAAAAGAAAAACAAAGCCUUUUGGCUGAACUGUUAACGUGGGACUUUGCUAUAAAUCUCUCCGUUUGUUUGGAUUCUCCUUCAUUGUGCUGGUGUUCAUAGUAUCACACUCCAUGCUGGAUGUCGCUGUUGUUCAGACUCUUUGUUGUGAUAGACACAGACGUGUUGGUGUUUCUUUGUUAAUGUUUUUAUUUUUAAAUCUGAUCUUUAUGCAGAAUUGUUUACGGGGCGGGAGGAAGUUUUGUCUUCAUCUUGUGGCCAUAUACUGCGGGUGUGGACAUAGUCCACCUCUGCUGUGUUUGUACUGUAAGUCCUGUUGUAUUUUCAUACCUUUGGUUUUCUAUUCAUCUUCUUUGUUGAUGUUUCUUGUGUAAAAUUCCAACUUUUGAUUUUUGUUUUUUCUUUCUGUCAAUGGGCAAAGGGGAAAAAUAACAUCAAAACAGAAAUGUUUGCAAGUCAAAAAAGGAAUUUAUUUAUGGUUCAAAUAAAACAAAUGAAUAUGAGUGUGUGGUGUUUUUUGCAAAUGACAACUCAACAUCACUAAUUAAAGCUACAGAAACAAGUUACAUUUUAAGUCUUACAACAAACAUACUGACAGACUUUUAGGUUCUCACUAUGUCUGUUUUGUCUAAUAUGUUAAAAUCUACAUUUAUCACACGCUGAACUACUCCGGCCGUGGGUCUGCUGGCUCCUGGGCGUGAUUUUUUCUCUCUAAAACGUCCCAGGAGUAAAACACAACUAAAUGCUAAUUAGCAGGGAUUUGCUGCCAUCUAGAGGUCAAAUUAAAGAACUACAACUGGAUCCAUUCAAAACACCGUCCAGAAUCACUUCUUUCGCCCACAGAAAAAAACUCAUCUUUGAUUUUUGUACAUUUUUU